AUGAAAAAUGAUAAUCUCAGUAAUAGAGAUGACAAUGAGGAUGUCGAUACUGAAGAAACACUCGCUUCCCAUCUAUUAUACACUUCCGAUGAUGAUGAUGAAGUCACAAGGCAAGACUGGACUGAAAUGUUAAAACUUAGUCAAGUACAACAAAUAAUUCCUAAAAGGGGCGAUAAAGACUACGAACCUGAUGGCACUAAUGUUCAACAGACUUUACUAUUUAAUGCCAGAAAUACCAUGUUUGAUGCAAUUUCUGAGGCACCAAGAGGUUUGAUUAUAAAACAUUUAAAUAAAGCUUAUUAUAAUAUAGGAUCGCAUACCGGAAUAAUUUAUCAUGCAAAGGGUAGCUUUAUAAAUAAUAUUGGAAAAACUAAUUCUAAGGGGCAAAUUGUUUUACAAUUUUAUGAAUUUGUAUAUUUGGUGGAAAGAGGCACUGUAAUCCCUUAUUUAAAAUUCGAUGAAGAUAAUGAAGAAGCAGAAAUACAGUUAAGUGUACAGGAUUUGUAUUCGUUUUUUCGCAAUCAACAAGAACUAGAUGAAUUUAUGGUAUAUUCUCAUUUAAAAAGGUUGGGCUAUAUUUUACACAAACCUGAAAAUAGAAAAACUACAUUCUUCCCCUCAAAUUUACUUACAACUAAUAAUAAUUUAUUUUGCCAAAAUAAAGCUUUCCAACUUUGGAAUAUCUUUAAAAUAUCAUUAGCUAGUCCCUUAAAUUUACUUUUACUUCCAUAUAGAUCAAAUGCUGAAAUUUAUAUUAAUUUGCAAAAAUUAAUCUCCCAUUCCAAAGUUGUUAAAACGAGGGCUGAGCUUUUAUCAACAUCGCACCAACAACAAAUACAUACGGAAAAGGCACCGGUAAGUGGCAGUCUCAAUAUAGCAUUUGAUUUAUGGAAGCCCAAUCCAAAUUUUAAGAAGAAAUGUCCUGAUUUACCUGACUUUCAAAUUUUGAUUCAUAACAAAAAUCUUCAAAAUUUUCCAACAUUUGAUGAUUUUCAUAGUAUUUUUAACAAACUCGAUUAUAAAUUUGAAUUUUUAGAUGAUAUAGAAUGGGAUGAAGUGUCUUAUGUAAAUGAAAUUUCAAGAAAACAAUUAUUAACACCUAAGCAACAGAAACAGCAACAAUUCAAUAUUCACAAUGAACAAAAAAAGAAUAAAAAACGUGUAAGUGAAAAUGUAUUACAACUUAGAAGAUUGAAAAACGGAUUUAGAAAAUUUAUCCUUGCUGUUAUAGAUGAUGGAUUAAUUAAUUUCAUUACAAUAGCUGAAGCUGAUUUCAGUACAGAAAAUGUAUGGUAUGAACCCCAAAGGAAUAAAGUUAGAAGCGGCAGCAAUAAAAGUAAAAAUAGAAAUUCUAAACAAACUAAGAGAGAUAAAACUAAAAAAGAUGUAUAA